AUGGAGUCUCGAAAAGGCAACACCAGUAGGAGUAAGAAAGCGUUCAACACAAGUGCAUUGGUCUACUGCUCUCUUGAGAUGGGCGCACACAUCAAAUUCAUACGUUCCAAAAUCUCACAGAACUCUUUGAAAGUCUUGAGAGGAGAAGAAGUCAAAUGGGACUUUAAAAGCACCACAGACAACACACGCCAUUUUAUGGAGCAGUCGGACAUCUUUUGUGAUAAAAUGACUGUUUUAGUUGAAACUGCACGAAUAAGAAAGGUAACUGAGUUACUCAUUGAUUGGAAAACACUGAAUUCCGUUGAACCAAAGUCUUCCAUGAGUAGUGUUGAUGCCACACAACGAUGGAAAGACUUGGACUAUAAUCAAGACUGUAGGAACAAAGAAGCCUGCUUUGUGAAUUACUUGUCAUACAAUUUACUCCAAUUUGGAUACUCCUUUUCUAUUAAUAUCUCUCGUAUUAAACCCUCAAAGAAAACAGCCAAUUUCUUUAUCUGGUCAGAGAUAUAUACCCCAGACAACACAGUCAUUGGCGUCAACAAAACCCCCCUCUUGGUGUCAUUCAUCCACCACGUCGAAAGUUUGUUAAACAGAUCGAAGACGUCAUGGAUCGGAUCGGAUGACAUUGCGCAUAACUUCGCAAAGAACUCGCUUGUCGCGUCUACUGAGGCGGAAGAUUCCCCUCAGACCCCAAGCGCGUUUAAACCACUCACAGACUCUCACUACUGUGUACUGCAAAACUUUGCUUUCACACAAACCCACCCAUUUAUACUCAACACAUUCGCAUGUUAUUGA